AUGUCUAAAGUCUCAAAAGCAUCAAAAGUACCAAGACCAAAAUCGCGAAAUACCAAGACCAAAAAAUCCGAAAAGAAAAAGGUCAAAUAUAGAGUAGAACAGCUGAACCGACAGAAUCUAAGCAUUUCAGACCUAUCCUCAAUUCCAAAACUGAAGAAACCAAGCGCUCUGGAAGCCACCACGCUAGCCAAACGUCAUGAAGAGGAUACAGAGAAAAAUCAAAGGCUACAGGAUAAGUCAAAAGAGGUAGAUAAUGACAUGGUCAAGCAACUGGAGAUGAUAUCGGGGUUUUCACUGUAA